AUGAGUAGUAUUGUGAAAAAGUCCUCCCACUUCGCCCCCAAGGUGAAAAAGAGGGUCACCAGAAACACCAAGGCUGCUCAGCUAACACCCCCAACAACCCAGGAGUCUCAUACUUCCCCUGAUCCAACUCAGAUAACCCAGCCAGAUGAGGCUCCCAUCUCAACACCUCCAGCAACACAGGUGACAAAUGACCGUACAGAUUUGUCCAAGUACAAUAUUGGAAGUGCUCCAAGUCCAAGUGUUGGUAAGUCACAGGAGGAUGAAGCCGAAAUCGUGGACCCUAAAGAUACUUCAAAGGCUGCAGAUGAAGAGGCUAUACAAGACGAAGAUAGCGAUGGCCACGAGUAUGGCGAUAACGAUAUUUUCAAGAAGACCUUGGCAGAAAACCAGGAAUUGCAGAGAUCGCAAAGAAGAAGGUCUUCUGUUGCCUCCAGACGUUUAUCUGGUAUCUUCAAUAGAUCAGGAUCGGUUUCUACCCCUGGCUCUGUUGGCCCAGAUGGAGAAGAAGUUACUGCUGCUCCGGUGAAGAUUGGCAUUCCAACUGCAAAGCCAACUAAGAGAAGUAGACUGUCGAUAUCUAGAUCCGCCAAGAGACAAAGCCGGUCUUCUACGGUUGUGCCUCCAACGCAAACUUUGGUUGAAGAGGACGAGGGUAGUAGCACUACUGCUGCUGCGAAAGAAACCACUAAAGAAGGUACUGAAGAGGAGAAUGAAGAAGACAAAGGACCAAAGUAUGUUAUUGGAGUGGACCCAAGCACUAACAAGUUCGUCAAGUACCGUGCUCAUAAAGAUGUCAAAGGACCUAAGAACAUGCCUGUGGCUCCAGAUAAUCUUAUCACUACUAUCACGGAUAUCAGUCAACUUCCUAGAAAGAUUAAACCACAAGAUGAAGCGUUAUAUGCCCAGCUCAAGGUGCUGGCCGACGAUAUGACUUUGGCAGAGCUUUGUAAACCCUUGAUACAAGUCGGUGCAACGAGCACCAACUUUAAUGAUGCUGAAAACGCCAAGAUAGCAUUGGACAAGGCAAGGAAGUACCGUCGGCAGGCCCGUGAUUAUGCGAGAGAGAAUCGUGUCAGUUAUGAGACAGCAUUCGAACAGCUUCAAGCUAAAAGAAUAGCAGUCGCCGAGGGAAAAGCGAGAGCUAAAAGAGCUAGAGAAGCAGGAGAGAAUGGUGAUGAAGCAAAGGACGGCGCAGCGAAGGAUGAAGCGGCCAAGUCUAAUAUUGCGUUGGUUACUGUUGGCGAUAAAAUCCAAGUCGAUACUGAUUCUAUCAUCAGGGCCCAACAUGAGCGUCCAGAUAGGGCUGGCGGUGCUGCUGAAAUGGAUAAUGCAUAUGUCAACCCCAUUACUUCUAACUCCUACACUAAACUGACUUACACGGAUGCAUGGACGACUGACGAGUUGAAACAACUCUACAAUGCCUUGAGUACAUGGGGUACUGAUUUCACUUUCAUCGCCCAGCUCUUUCCUUACAGAACCAGACGCCAAGUGAAAAGAAAGUUCACUUUGGAAGAGAAGAAGCGUCCGGAGCUCGUGGAAUUAGCAUUGAGAAGAAAGCUUCCCCCAGACCUCGAUGCCUAUUGUGCUGCUGCCGCAGACGGCAAGAACUUCAAGACUUUGGAACAGUUCAACGAAGAAAUCAAGGAGCUUAGACUGGAGCACGAGAAGCAUAUCAGUGAAAUUCAAACCGAGCGUGAGAAGGCUAUCAAGGAAGACUUGGAGGCCAGCAGAAAGAGAGAGAUGGAGAUCAGAACCGGUUCUAGAAUUAUGACCAGAGCUGAAAGAGAAAGAGAAUUGAGAAAGAACGAGGUUGUUGUUGGUACAGUUGAAGACUCUAGAAAACCUGCCCAGCCUUUGAAAGGUGAAACUUGA